AUGAUCUAUGGCAGAAUACAGAGACCUAAGAAAACAAUGAAAAGAGCACAUACGGAAGAUAUAUCCACUGAUAUCUCCUGUGCAAACAGUUCAGCAUUAGAGAUAUCAUCUCCGGUUAAAGGAUCGGGCUGCAUUGGUAACGAUGCGAAGAAGAUGAGUGAGGCAGACAAACAGAUUUUGAAAUGGGCUGGGAAAUUGGAAUUGGAAUCCUGUGAUCUUAGGGAAAAGUCCAGCUUGUUGAUUGGGUUAUUGAAGAGGAACUCCAAGGAGUUGGUGACCGUUAUUGAUUCUUUAACAGAGUUAACGCUUGAUCUCAAGAAUGAUAAAGAAGGUAGUAGUGACAAUGAGGAUAUUAAGGAAAUUAAACAUUUAAUUAAUCAAUUGAGUAUUAAAUUGGGGAAACAAAUCAUUAAAGUACAAGAAGAUGUUAAGAAGAGACCCACUCAGACGAUACAGACUGAUACUGACUCCUUGAUGGAAAAAUGGUUUAAUAAAGUUUCUAGUUUAAUGGACCGGAAGCAAAAGAAAUAUAUGGAUUCGAAUGAUUUCACACAAUCGAUGCUUCUCAACCUCAAUUGUCAAUUGCAAGAUUUACAAGAGGUAAUGGUCUCCAUGUCGAAGAAUGUCGAAGUUCUAAAUACUAGACAAAUGAAUCUUGAGAAAAAAUACAUGGAGGGUAGGGAUGAGGAACUACGGACCACAUCAUACAUACCUUCCAAUGGGACGACCCUGGAUGAAGAGAACGUGACAGGUCCCAUCACACGGUCGAUAACGAUGAAGACUCAUGAUGGGAGGAAGGCCAGGAAGGUCAGUCUAGUACAUUAUCUGGACAACCCAGACCAGUGUCUCAAGUCCGGGAACCGCCACAAGUCUGGCACAGGAAGAACCAUCAUCCCCUGGGAGGAGCUGGACCCAGAACCCAUCGUGCCCGAGUACUCCUCGGAAUUGUAG